UGCUUCUGGGCGCGGGGUCACAUGUGCAAUACUUCCGCGCCGUGCCCUGACGCGGAGAAGGCCCCCGUCCCCCCGUUCCCGAGCAACGCGCCCACUGCCGCUAAUAGCCCCAACAACACCGCGAGGGAGGAGUUGGAGGCGGCAGUGGCGGGAGCGGGGGAGGAAGGAAGUGCGGCAACGCCCAAGUGCAGCAUGUCCGCCGACGCCGCAAGGAAGUCCUUUUUUGACUCCGUCUCCCGCCUCAGCUUCGAGAAGGUGCAGACGAUGGUGGGGCUCCUGGAUGGCCAGACGACGUCCUUCAACGAAUUCCAGCAGGAGCUGUGGGUCUAUGCCUCCCACGUGCAGCAGACCAUGCUAGCGUGUUUGCGGGCCUUUGUGCAUAAUGCCGAGAAGGAGCUCAGUGAGUCAAAUACCGAGAGUUUGCUAGCAAUGGCGUCGCAGGUAACCGAAGUUCUUGUGGCGUACCUGUUUGCCUUUUCGCCGCUCGAGCAAAGUGCGUUGCCGCACUCCGACGAGGCAGCCGCGUCGGAGGUCGCGUCGCCAACCAUCACUGUUUCCAUUGGACGGGCGAUGGCUUCUAUUCGUGCACUGCGGCGCUGUUGCGCGGUGGCCAGCAUCUGUGCGGCGCGGUGGAUUGACGCCAUGUACGUCACCGCACUCUCGCUGCCUCCGCAUGGCUCCUUCCCGCCCGAGUGCCGUCCAACGGAUAUUGCGUCUAUCUUUUGCUCGCCCACCGUCGUUCCCCGCGAAGGUUCCGCUCCCCCGCCCUCGCUGGCGCGUCAGCUGCUGGCUAGCCAAUCACCGACGCUCGCCCUCUCCACGGAUGCGGAGCGGGAUUGCUGGUGGGAGACGGAGAUGGAGGUGACGCUGCAGUUCUUUGCCAUUCACGAAAAGCCGGUGCUUAGCGAGGUGGAGUUUCUGCACUCUGCAAUGCUUGUGCAGCUCAGCUCGCUUUGGAGGUUUCUUACCCCGAGGGCGCACACCAUCGCCGAGCGGAUCGGCGUCUCUCUCCCGUUUCCACCGCCGACUGCCCUGGUGGAGGAGGAUGGGAUCAAGGUGGACUUCACCCUGCCCUGGCUCGCAGGCGUCCAGUGCUACGGGGGCUUGAAAAAGCCUUUUGUGACGGAGGAUGACGCUAGUCGUAUCUUCCGUGCCGCCGUGCAGGCCCAACAACAACAUUUUCCGAGUUGCUGCAACGCCAACGAUCUCUCCUCUGCCUCCUCCCCUGCAUCGUUGCCGACGGAGACUGAGGCGCGGCGGCGGGCGAAAAAGCCACUGUUGCACGUGCGUGAAUACUUCAUCAGUGUCAUACUGCGACGACUUUGCCUGGGCGAUGCCACAGGCGGAUGUUUGGAGCCCUCUACGAUGCAGCUGCGUCAGAUGAUAAAAUCGCUUCCGCGUGCGGUGCGAGAGCAAGGCCCCGAUAGCAUGCCAGACCCCGGCACCGUGUCCGUGGAGGAGUGGCAGCGCAUCAAGUGGUGGCCGUUCUUUGAGGACCCCGCACUUGCGAAGGCGGCGGCUUUUGUUGAGCGGUAUUUGCUGCGCCUUCUCACGGUGUGUUUUGGUUUUGUGAACGGGGAACUCUGCUCACGGCGCACACCGUUUCUUCCCGAUGUGCUUCACCUUGCGGCGAGCACGAAGGGCUGUCAGGCAACCCUGGAACGCUACUUUCACGCCAUCUUUGCCCUGGAUGCCGUGCGUGAGAAGAAGCUCUGUCACUCCCAGGACGCGGGUGAGACGGGGGGCACCUCCGAAGUAAGAAAAGGCGGCGAUGCCGUGGCGCUGAGCGGACCGCUGAUGGCGUUUGACUUUGCGUUGGCCGUGGAGGAGGCCAUGUUUUUCUUUCAGCGCGCGGGUGAGACGCGUCUGCGCGGGCCGUGUGCGAGGGGGCUGAGCUACGGCUCUCCAAACCACCUCUGCGAGCUGCGCGGCCUCGCGGCGCCGGCGGGGGCAAACGGGGGCGCGGAGGAGGCGGUCGGCGGCAACGACGGCUACGGCGGCUACGGCGACGACGACGACGACGACGACGACGGCGGUGGCGACCUGUUGCCCCUCGCGACGGAGCUGACGCUGCUGCUGGAGGUGGAGGGGGCGGCCGCGCUCACGCUGACCCUCCUGGGCGCCUCCCACUGGGGGCGCUACGUCACGCCGCGGCUGACGGCAGUUCCCCUCAAACCGGUUGCGGCGGCGCCGGCGCCGGUGGCGAAGGUCAAAAGGGAGCAGACGACAGAGCAUGUGCGGGUUUCCCCGGAGAGCGCUGCUGCGGUCCGCAAGGAGUCGUCGCCUUAG